AAAUUCACCGCAUACAGACGUUCAGUGGUCUUUGACGACGAAAGACCAGAUCAGUUGAGAUCACGUUCAGCUCGGUGGCACGUCGCGUUCAAACCAAUCGCACACCACAAGUACCUAAUACAUUAACAAUAACAACGCCUGCAUACGAAUAUUCAAUAACAACAAACAUCGAUCAGAAUCAGAAACGAAGAGAAGAAUUAUCGCAGAUUGAACGAAAGAAAUGUAAAUAACUAAAAAUACCUAAGUGCAUACAAACAAACCGCCACAGAUCGGGAAAUCGUUUUGUCUCACUUGAUUUUCCGGUGGAAUACUUUAAUUCUCUUUGUUGGUUGUUUUUAUCUUUGUUUAUUUUGCUCCAACACACAUUUUCCUUGUUUGCCAUUGUUGAUACAAAAAGAUUACACGACGGUGUAGAUAUGAAAAAUUCGAUGUGGAAAUACAUAAUUGUGAGCGCAUAAGUGUAAGAAAAGAAAAGAAAAGGAAAACGAAAGAAAAAACAGAAAAAGGCAUACGAAGAAAGUGUAAAUGAUAAUAAAAAUACAGAGAAAUUCAAAAAAUUAUAAAAAUAUUUAGUGAACUAUAUUACAGAAGAACGUGAAAAAUAUUUACAUACAUACAUGUAUAUAAAUACAUAUGGAAGUGUGUGAGUGUAUGUGACAAAAAUAUGUCAGCUGUGGAGAGUGAGUGGGAGGGUUCAUUGGUUCAGCCUUCUAUUUGGCAACAUAAUAAAGUUUUCCGAUCUUUAAAGUUGCAAUAAACCGUUAAUUUGUGGCACAGCAACAAAAGUAAAGACUUAGCAAAGCCAACCCCAAACGUGUAUACGCCGCACAACAACAAAGGGGUGAUAAUGAUUAUUUCCAAAGAUCUCUUUAUAUUCGGCGAACAAAUUUUUGCAACAAUCAUCCCAGAAAGCGGAUCGUCACCAACCGCACAGCAACAACAAGCGACAACGCAACCACAACAAGUAUCGUCGCAGGAUCCCGUCGCAAUUAUAAAUACAACAACAGCAUUUACGAGCGACAUCGAGGCAGCGGCUGAAAUACUGCCCACUUUGAAUGCAGUUGAUGCAACAACAAAAUCAACAAAGAAACCAGCAACAAAAGAACUCAAAAGCGCUGCAGCAACGAUCGCCUUCGGAGCAGCUGAUUCCAGUGUACUAUUGGAAGCCCCAAAGGAAGUGCAACUAAAUAAUAUACAAUACUGCCAUCAAUUGCAACAACAACAGCUACCGCAGCAGCAGCAACAAAUGAGAACAAGAAGCAGAGAAAGCCAACAAAAGAGUCAAAGCGGCGGCGGCGAAAACGGCUGCAGGACAAAUAAGUUGUAUACGAAUAGUACGGUAAAGCGGCAACAACAACAACAGUUGCAACACGAACGCUUGCUGCACAGUUUCGGCACGACGGCCCCGACCACAACAACAGCGACCGCGCCAGCGACAGGAAACCACGCGGCGACAUCGGUGAUCAUUCAGCUAGAGGAAGACGCCAACGGCAAAAAGAAGCCAUUAAUGAAGAGAAAUUUCACAAAGAUAAUUGCAAAGCCGCUAAUUGCAGCAACAGCAGCAACCUCUGGUACUAGCAUUGGCAUUGGCAGUGGCAGUGGCAGUGGCGCGGACACGAACGGUGGCACGGUGACGAUCGCAGGCAUAGACGCAACCGCAACAGCGGCCAUUGAGGAGGCAAAUCAAACAAGCGAUUUCGCAACACACGAGGUAACGCCACUGCUGCCAGCCGAUCGCACUGAACUGCAAAUACUACAACAACAGCAGCCGCAGCCGCAGCCACAGUCACAGCAGCAAUUGGAGCACACAAUCGCCGAUCGUCGUCUACAGCUGCAACUUUACUUGCCAGCGGCAGAGGAAGGUGUUGCCAGCGACGAUCUGCCAACCGCUUCGACCACAACAACAAUCGCCGCCACUUCCGAUCGCGGCAGUUACGACACGACCGCUGUUGCCGCCGAGUCACCUUUUGCCGGCCACAAUUCAAGUCUAAACUCCAACGAGGAUUUGCCAUCAUUGACAACAACGACAACAACGGCUACAAUGAACAAAGUCAUUUUGGGCAACAACACAAGCAGCGAUCAAACAAUGUCUACAUUUCCUUUCAUAUCCGAUGCGGAACCGCACCACCGCACGCUACAGUUGUCAUUCCAGAAUAUAAACGUACUCCACAACGAGCGCCAGAUUCUCUCCGAUGUGAGUGGCUCAGUAAGGCCUGGUGAGGUUUUAGCCGUAAUGGGCCCAUCUGGCAGUGGGAAGACCACAUUGCUCGACUGCCUCAGCGGGCAGCGGCGCUUCGAUAGUGGCGGCGUCUACCUCAAUCGCGAGCCGCUCUCUAAGAAGUGGCGCCGCAAGAUCUGCUAUGUACUGCAAGAGGAGAUAUUUUUCUCUGGACUGACCCUUAGAGAGACCGUUAUCUACACGGCAUUGUUGCGGCUGCCAGAGAAAAUGCCAAAGUCGGAGAAAAUUCAAUUGGUGGAUCGUAUACUGGAAGCGCUGGAGCUCACCUUUUGUCAACACACGAAAUUUGGCGAUUACCUGAAUCGUGGACUGUCGGGUGGUGAAAAGAAGCGCGCCAAUAUCGCAUGCGAGUUAUUAACUAACCCGUUGGUGAUGUUAUUAGAUGAGCCAACAUCCGGCCUUGACAGUCAUUCUGCCAUAUCGCUCAUGAAUUUUCUUAAGCGCUACGCGGUGCAAGAGCAGAAAACUGUGGUGAUCACCGUUCAUCAGCCGUCUUCGCAAAUGUUCCACAUGUUCGAUAAGCUGUUGCUGCUCUAUAGCGGUCGCACUGCAUACUUUGGUGAGGUGAAUAAUGUUUACACGUAUUUUGAAAGCAUCGGAGUUGCCAUUAAACCACACUACAAUCCCGCGGAUUUUGUAUUGGAACAGCUGAAGUCGUACCCUAAAAUUCGCGAAAAGCUUUUCAUAGCCGCCAAAGAAUCGCAUGGUAACUACUUGAACAGAAACUGCAUUACGGUCAACACAAACAAUCAACGCAAUCAGCAGCACCACUCCAACAACUCCAACAAGCAUCAGUUGAACAUACGACGUAAUGGCGCGGCUGCCGACACAAUGUCCCACAUUGCACCCAACACAACUACCAACAGCCCUUCCACUACCACCGAAAUCGUCCACGAGAAACCGCUCAAGCACGAUGCACUCAUCAACGAUAUCAUCAACAACUACUACAAAGACAUACGCAACAAUCACACAAACCAUAUCAAUCAUGAUGCCAUGCUGAUCAUAAAUGACCACCAGAACUCCAAUGAGGAGGCGUCGCAACAGCUGUGGUAUGGCCACGAUUCCCAAUCAAAUUCGAGCGCCACAUCGAGUGAUUGCCAGCGCUACGAGAGCUGCGGCGACACCGACUGGCUCGAUUAUCCGACGAGUUUUCACACGCAAUUCUGUGUGCUGUCUAGUAGAAAUUUCAAGGAGGCCAAACCGCGCAUGUUAUCCAAGUUGAAUUGGUUCCAAACGAUCGGCUUGGCACUGAUGGCUGGUUCCAUUUGGUUUCAAAUACCCCGUACCGAGGAGUUCCUACAUGAUUUGCAAGGCUGGAUGUUCUUCUCGCAGACGUACUGGAUGCUGUUUGCGCUUUUCGGCGCUUUAAAUUCAUUCCCUGCCGAGCGCGAAGUUAUCAGCAAAGAGCGUCGCUCGGGCGCCUACAGACUCUCUGCCUAUUACUUGGCGAAAAUGUUUGGCGAAUUACCUUUGGUUGUGACGCUGCCGACUGUUUACCUCAUGAUAUCCUACCCGAUGCUCGGCUGUACCAGCUUCAAACUCUUCUCGUUGAUGUUGGUCUUUUUGCUGCUUAAUACAAUUGUGGCGCAGAGUGUGGGCUUCUUCAUCGGCGCCUGUUGCAUGGAUAUGAAUGUCAGCAUCACAUUGAGCGCACUCUACACACUGGCGACACAACUAUUCGGCGGCUAUUUGUCGACACGCAUCCCCGAAGGGCUCAGCUGGAUCCGCUACACCUCAAUGAUACACUACGCAUAUCAGAAUAUGCAGAUUUUAGAAUUUCGCGAAGGACCAGCGAUAAGUUGUGGCAACCCUAGUAGCUUUGAAUUCUGUAAAAGUGGUGACACAACGACGACAUUCAUUCCAUACGAGGAGAUACUCAAGGCACAAAACUCAACCUCACCGCUUUGGCUCAACACGCUUGUUUUAAUGAUGUUCUUCGUGGUAUUCCGCUGUCUCGGCUACGCGGUGCUGCGCUACUUCCGCUGUCCCAAGACGUGAUAUUCGAAAGUCCAGUGAGCUUAACGAAUAAAAGUAAACAAAAAAUCACACAACAUUUUUGUAACACGAACCCAAAUAGAAUUUCGCCACAUCCACUUGUGUGUGUGUAUGCGGCACACGUGGAAACUGUUUCGGCCACACCCGUUGGUGAUGUGACUUCAUUUCACGUUUAACACAAUUUUAUUUUAAAAUGCUGAUUUUAGUUUGGUGUUCAGAAUCACGGUUUUUAAGAAUCGGCUAACACGCUUCUUUGGACAUCCGGGAGACGACCUGCGUUCGUACAUCCUAGUACGUAAAUAAUACAGAACUAUGUUUUUUAAAUUUACACAUACUUUCAUUUUUAAGAAACCUUAUUUUUAAUAUAUGUAAUGUAUGUAAGUCAACACUAUUUUAAUGAAAAUUUUAUGGCGGUUAAACCUGAAAGCAUCGCUAUGCUACCCAGUAAAUCACAAAUGAAGUAUUCGAAAACAAAAAAGCCGAACGCCCAAACAAAACAGCGAAGUUUCGUCCUCCAACAACUAGUAUGUACAUAUGUAUCUAUAUGCUUUUAUUCGUGGUCUUGGCACUAUGAAAGUCGAAAGUGGACGGCUGCAUGUAUUCCAUUGUUGCUAUAAAUAUCAGUUAUCGCAAAGCGCUGAAUUGGCCGCCACAUAACCUACAAAUGUUAGCACAUACACAAGUAAUAGGAUUUUUUAGUUUGUUUGUUUUUUCUCUUAUUUUUUGUGUGUUGAAAAUUACUGUGAUGUAGUAUUAUAGUUUUAUGAUUACAUUUAUAAAUGCACGCCAAUAACAAAUACAAACAUAUAAAUAAAUAAGUAAAUAAUUUACUUAUUAAGUUAGUAAUAAUGAAUAAUAAAUAUACAUACAUAUACAUACAAUAUAACAGUAAUAAUAAUGCAAAUACAAUCAAACGAAUUCCCCUACAUUAUACAACAAAUAUUAUACAUAUAUGUAUGUGGUAUAAAUAUAGAAUUAUAUAAAUAAUUAUCGCUAUAAAAUAUUGUGAAUGCUAUGUUGCGAAACUUUGUAUUAUAUGAAUAUAUUUAAAACAAAAACAAAACAAAAAAUAAACAAUUAAUAACAAAAAUGUUGCAUUUCAUUUCUUGGAGUGUCAUGAAAAAACAUUAGUUGCCCGCCGAGAUCUCCAUAG